AUCCCUGCCGUGGAGUUCGGAACCUUCCAGGAUGCAGAUGCUCAAGAAGAUGCGGUCUAUCUCGCUUUGAAAACAGGAGUUCGAAACAUUGAUACAGCCCGAGUAUACGACACCGAGAAACAAGUUGGCAAGGGAAUAAAACGCAGUGGUAUACCUAGAGAUCAGAUCUUUCUUGCCACCAAAAUAUGGUGCAAUUCAUACCAUCCAGAUGAUGUUAAGACAGUAUUGGAUGCAUCUUUAAGAGAUCUCGAUACCGAAUAUAUCGAUCUAUACUUAAUGCACUAUCCAUGCACUUUCGCACGAGGAGCAGAACGAUUCCCAAAAGGCGAAGACGGAAAGAUGAUUAUGGGUGAGACAACCUAUCUCGACACAUGGAGAGCAAUGGAGAAGUUGGUAAAGUCAGGCAAGGCUAGGGCGAUUGGCGUGUCCAAUUUCAAUCAAUCUGAAAUUCAGAAUUUGAUGGACAACAGCAAUACAACACCCGCAGCACAUCAAAUGGAAGUCCAUCCAUACCUUCAACAACCCGCAUUCAAUUCCUGGCUGAAAUCCAAGGGCGUCCAUGUGAUCCAAUUCAGUCCACUCGGCAACAUGAACUCGUUCUACAGAGACAUUCACUGGAGCAAAUCCCAAUCUCACAUGCCGCGGGUAAUAGAUCACCCAGUUCUCCAGGAAAUUGGAAAUAAAUAUGGGAAGUCCCCGAUUCAAAUAGCACUCGCUUGGGGUAUCAAUUCUGGUCGGACUGUCAUUCCGAAGAGCGUGAUUGAUUGGCAGAUCAAGGAAAAUCUCGAAGCGGAUUUCUUGCUUGAUGCUGAGAAUAUAGAAAAGAUUGCCACGAUGGAUGUUAAAGCAAGGUUCAACGAUCCGAGUGAAUAUUAUCGGUGGCCGUUGUAUGCUGGUUUAGAUGGUACUUCACAUUUUGAAGGGAAGAUAUAUUAA